GGGGAGGGGGGAGGGGAAAGGGUAAAGGGGGGAGGCGGCCGGGGAAGGGGGUGGGGGCCUGGCGGGGGCAUCCGGCAGAGCUGGGGUCCCCGGGCUCCGUCCAGAGGAAACGAGACUGCGCUCGAUCGGGCAGUUGGAGGGGACGGGACAGGAGCGGCGGGCGGACUCGCCCUCUCCGUGACUGCGCCGUCCGGGCCCGUCCGCCUGGCCGCAGGUGCCCCUGGAUGAGGCCGCCCCGCGCACCGGGACCGAUAUUAUAAUCAAUGGAUAAAGUGGGAAAGAUGUGGAAUAACUUCAAAUACAGGUGUCAGAAUCUCUUCAGUCACGAGGGAGGGAGCCGUAGUGAAAAUGUGGACAUGAACUCCAAUAGAUGUUUGUCUGUGAAAGAGAGAAACAUCAGUACAGGAGACUCAGCUCCUCAGCAACAAAGCAGUCCCUUAAGAGAAAACGUUGCCUUACAACUGGGAUUAAGCCCUUCCAAGAAUUCUUCAAGGAGAAACCAAAACUGUGCCACUGAAAUUCCUCAGAUUGUUGAAAUAAGCAUUGAAAAGGAUAAUGAUUCCUGUGUCACCCCAGGAGCGAGACUUGCAAGAAGGGAUUCCUACUCUCGGCAUGCUCCAUGGGGUGGGAAGAAAAAACAUUCCUGUUCUACAAAGACACAGAGUUCAUUGGAUACUGAUAAAAAGUUCGGUAGAACUCGAAGCGGACUUCAAAGGAGAGAGAGGCGGUAUGGUGUGAGCUCUGUGCAUGACAUGGACAGCGUGUCCAGCAGAACUGUGGGGAGCCGCUCUCUGAGACAGAGGUUGCAGGACACUGUGGGCUUGUGUUUUCCCAUGAGAACUUACAGCAAGCAGUCAAAACCCCUCUUUUCUAAUAAAAGAAAAAUACACCUUUCUGAAUUAAUGCUUGAGAAAUGCCCUUUUCCUGCUGGCUCAGAUUUAGCCCAAAAAUGGCAUUUGAUUAAACAGCAUACAGCCCCUGUGAGCCCACACUCGACAUUUUUUGAUACGUUUGAUCCAUCCUUGGUUUCCACGGAAGAUGAAGAAGAUAGGCUUCGAGAGAGAAGACGGCUCAGUAUUGAAGAGGGGGUUGACCCUCCGCCCAAUGCACAAAUACAUACCUUUGAAGCCACCGCACAGGUUAAUCCGUUAUAUAAACUGGGACCAAAGUUAGCUCCUGGAAUGACUGAAGUAAGUGGGGACAGUAGUGCAAUUCCACAAGCUAAUUGUGACUCAGAAGAGGACACUACCACCCUGUGUCUGCAGUCACGUAGGCAGAAGCAACGUCAGGUGUCCGGAGACAGCCAUGCCCACGUUAGCAGACAGGGAGCUUGGAAAGUCCAUACGCAGAUCGAUUACAUACACUGCCUCGUGCCUGACUUGCUCCAGAUUACAGGGAAUCCCUGUUACUGGGGAGUGAUGGACCGUUACGAAGCAGAAGCCCUCCUUGAAGGGAAACCUGAAGGCACAUUCUUGCUCAGGGACUCUGCGCAAGAGGACUACCUCUUCUCUGUGAGCUUCCGUCGCUACAACAGGUCCCUGCAUGCCCGAAUUGAACAGUGGAAUCACAACUUUAGUUUUGACGCCCACGACCCUUGUGUAUUUCACUCCUCCACUGUAACAGGACUUUUGGAACAUUAUAAAGAUCCCAGUUCUUGCAUGUUUUUUGAACCCUUGCUUACUAUAUCACUAAACAGGACUUUCCCUUUUAGCCUGCAGUAUAUCUGCCGUGCAGUAAUCUGUAGAUGCACUACAUAUGAUGGAAUUGAUGGGCUUCCUUUACCAUCAAUGUUGCAGGAUUUUUUGAAAGAGUAUCAUUACAAGCAAAAAGUUAGAGUUCGCUGGUUAGAAGGAGAACCAGUCAAGGCGAAGUAAACUCUCCUGCCCCCAGUGGGCCUUAUCUAGAUCUGCUUUUCUGUGCACCAGACAGUACACCUAUAGCAAGCACACGUGUCAGUGUUAGGUGUCUUUCAGUGCAGUAUGUAGGCUUAGUGUUAGUAUCUGUCAGAUGCGAUCUGCUGUUACUUCCUCAGAUAAAUGUGGUGCCUAUUUGAGACAACAGAGGACAGAGCUACAGGUGUUCAGUAAGGCUGCGAAGGCAUUUUGUCGAUCGAGCGAACGGUUUGGUUUAUAAUGACUGUUGGAAUUGAGUGAAGCAACUCGGGGGCAUUUGUUAUGAAGAAUUCUAUUUCUUACUGAAGAACAAAUUAUUAAUAUUGGAAGAGUAUUUCAACAGUGUGACUAAUGUUUGAAAUUGUUAUUUUUUCUAAGAAUUUUUCUAUAACCUUCCAAAAGUAGCGCUGUUUGUAGUUACUAUAGAUCAAGCUUUGGAAGUCCAAAAAAUAAAGACUGCCUUCCUUGAGGAAAAAAGAAAAAUGCAAUUUUCUGGCCACAAGGGCAGAGUGCAGUUCACUUAAGUGUUGAUAGAGUUUAUAGUCAGUCUCCUGUCUCUUCUGCAAAAGGUACUGUUAAGCCAACCAGGUUUUCUAAAUAGUUGCUUUUAAAAGUUCAGGCUUAUAAAGUUGGUAGUUGAUUUAUUUCAAGGCCUUAGUUAUUCAUUUUAUUUUGAAUGAGUGCUUUAACGUAAAACACAUUGGGAAGAGCUGCAAUGUAGUCCUGUGUGUGAGUUCUUAAGUUAGUAUGUGUGGUCUACUUGUUGAUUAUUUAAAGUUGGAUCUUUUCCUGUGCCCAUGAUGCGUUUGUGAACCAUGAAGAACGUGAGACUAGAAGAUGCCCAAACAAGUCCGUAUAUGAUAACAGCGGUGGUUGCUGAUGUUGAGAUGAUUUUUAAACUGCAGUGAACAAUUUGGACGGCACUAUUUAGCUCUUUGUUGUAAACACUCGUAGCUGAAUUGCUUAAGUACAAUUUGUAGAAUUUCAGUGCAGUUAAUUUCUAAUGGAAAAUCCGAAACCCUAAUUGCAGAUUUAAAAGGUACUGUACAACUGUUGUAUCUGUAAAUAACUUUACUUAGCACCUUUUUGUCACUUAGAAUAUUAUGCAAUACUAAUUAAGUGAGCUAUUUUGGAAGUAAUACCAAGUCCUAGUGUUUGCUUCUUAGUAUUGAACUGAAUUUACAGUUCUGUCCUAGACAUUUUGCACUAGUCAAAUCCAUUUUUGUGUCUUUUUGUUAAUGUGCUCUGUACCACUGGUGAGUGCUCCUUGGUUUCCUUACCUGCUGCUACAGAAAGUUCUUUUACAUCCUGAUGGCUAUUGCCAAGGCUACAAAAAAGAAAAGCUAUAUUUGUAUGCAACACUAACCCUUUGACUGCUAAUGUACGUUUCUGCUUGCUGUGCCUUGUUAUGGCUGCUUUUUUGUGCUAAUAAAGUAUGUUUGGUGUU